AUGCCUCAGAACUCGUCCCCAAUCACAUUGUCGACUCCGAGCUUCUUCUUCAAUGAUCCACUUGAUGUAAGUCAAGAGACCAUUGCCGAAGGAGCCGAAGCUCCGGUAGACGAUUCUUUCAAUUUCCCGGUCGACACUUCCACUGCAGGUAGUGGAACUGCCGUGUCUUCGGCCGCCAAGACGGAGAAGAAGCGGCGCCGGCCGGCCCUAUCCUACCCAUCUUCGCAAGUGCCAGGGAGAUCAGCGCCUACCAUUGACCCUAAUCAAAGACAAUCCCCAUCAAGUUCAUCUGCAAGACGGCAAUCCUCCAGUGUCCCAAGCUCAACAGUUGGAUCAAACUCAGAAUCCUCGACUGUUGAUGCUUUGGCCGCGAGGGUGAAAGAGCUUGAGCAGAAGCUGGCCGAGACAUGUUAUAUCACUAAACCGGAGCGAGAUAGGAUAGAGGAGCCCGACGAUGAAGAACAGAAUCCAGCCCCAAUGAAGGGGACUGUCUCCAAGACAAGAUUCUUUGGCCAGAGCCACUGGAUGAAUGGUGUUGAUAUGUUUCCUAGUGUUCUUGAUGUGCUCAAGUCGGCAGAGUUACAAAAUAAACAGCCUAAUAUGGGUUUCGCCAAGUGUAAGACUUUGGCUCGCAUCAUCAAAGCGAACCGUCACAAACCUGUAUCGACAGACAAGCUGGGACAAACCAUCCCGGAACGUGGCCUUGUGGAUCAGCUUGUCAAUGCAUACUUCGACACAUUUGAAGGCGCGAUCCGGAUUCUCCAUCGGCCUACCUUCCGAGCAGAGUACGAGAGGUAUUGGCAGAACCCAGAAGCUGCUAGCCAAGUGUUUGUCAUGCAAAUGCAGCUUUGUAUGGCCAUUGGAGCAACACUCCACGAUGAUGUCUUUAGCUUGCGACCUGCUGCUAUGCAGUGGGUGCAUGAGGUCCAGAUUUGGCUCAUGCUGCCACCGGAGAAAAGUAGGAUGACGAUAGCCGGCAUUCAAAUCAUGUGUAUGAUGAGCAUUGCCAAAGGAUGCUGCGCUGUUGGCCAGGAUCUCACUUGGGUUUCUACUGGAUCCUUGGUCAGGCAGGCCAUGUAUAUGGGACUACACCGAGACCCAAAACAUCUCGGAAAUAUGUCUGUCUAUCGUUCCGAGAUGCGUCGACGCCUAUGGGCAACUAUCUUGGAACUCAACCUGCAAUCCUCUUACGACGCUGGAGGCCCGCCAUUGCUGUCCUCAAAGCACUACGAUACAAAACUCCCAGCUAACCUUAACGACGAUCAACUGACAGACGAGCCGGAUGCCGACAGACAACUAGCUAGCAAUCCGGAGACCUUGACCGACAUGUCAAUUCAACUUGCCCUUCAGAAGUCUUAUGCACUGCGUUUGGUCAUCAUCAAACAUGUCAACGAAUUUCGGGCGAAUGACUCCUACUCCGAAACACUCCGUCUUAACUCUGAACUCACAAAAGCAUGUCGAAGUUUGACUGAGAAUCUUGCAGCUCUGGCGCAAGCCCAGAGACAUCAGCCACGUAUUAUCUUUACCCAAUUCCACAGCGCUCUGGUCCAAAUGUUCACAUAUCGCUGCUUCUUAUCUCUUCAUCAGCCCAUGGUAGCCCGUUCCAACGACGACCCAACCUACUACUACUCCCGUAAGGUCUGUCUCGAUUCGUCGCUUAAGCUUGCACAAAUAUGCAGUCUUUCGACGCCCCGAUAUGGGCCGUAUCCUCCCGGUGGUUCGAUUGACCCCACGACAGGCCUCAACCGUCUCAUCACAAACGGCGCAGGUGUUUUCCGUGUAAUUCCCCUCCAGACGCUCUUUUCGGUGGGACUAGAAUUCAUCAAGAAGUCAGAGGAACAGCGCGAUAGUCUUGGUGGGCUUCCGGCUAUGGGCUACGGAGAACUUCGCUCUGUUCUCGAGGCUGCUCAAGCGUGGUACGAGCGACGCUUGCUAGCAGGAGAGACAAAUGUAAAGGGGUACUGUUUCGUUGGAGCUGCCUUGGCCCUUGCUGAUGCCCUCGAGUUGGGUUUGUCCAGGGAGGACACUGAUCAGACUAUCAUCGAAGUUGGAGCAAGUACCAGCAACAAGAGUUAUGAACUGUUGAAACAGGUCGCGGAGCGCGAAGGGGUGACAAUGGUGAAUCCUGAAGAUGAGGAGGCGAUACAGAUUGAUGUGCCGUCGUUUGAUGCCGAUGCUAUGCAGGGCAUCAUGGAUAUACCGUUGGACUGGAUGGUGAUGGGUGACCUGGGCUUGGACGGGAUGGGAGGAUUCAACUGGGCCCGGGGCAGUAUGAGCAUGCCUCAGCAGUUUGACUCUGUUGAUCCAUCAGUGGUCUCACAAUUCUAG